CAGAGAGGAGCAGUGGUGCGUGCGACGGCGUCUCUUUCGAAUGUUUACAUUGCUUUUCCGUCCCGUCGCAUUCGCUCAUCACCACGUGUUUUUUAGAAGAGAAAAAAUAAGCAGACGAUAUUUUUCGGUUUGAGAUUUGGAAUGUGAAAAAAAAAAAAAAAUUAUUACUAUUGAGGAAUUUUUAUCGAAAUUUUCUGCAGCAGUGGAUAUCGUUUGGUGGUCGCGUGAGUAUAGAUAUGCUUGUUCGAAAUGUGCCAGUGGGGGGAGUAUUUUCCCCUUUCCAGUGUUGAUUAUGAAUCGUCUGCUGAAGUGUAGUUUUCUCUCUUUACUCGUGAUCCAAACUAUGGCGACGUUCACAACCAAUGGCAGGCGGGAGCAACCACUGAACUGUGAAGACACUGAACAGGGUUCGCCUUUCUUGUGGACGCUUCCAGGCAGGGAGCCUCCGGUGUAUUUCUUCGGCACCAUCCACGUACCUUACACACUAGUCUGGGGCCACGUGCCCUGGCUUGCCAAGAGGUCCUUCGAGAGGGCUGACAGUGUAUUCUUCGAGCUCGACCUCACGGACCCCGAGACAGUGGCACAACUGUCCAGCUGCCAAAUGCUCCCCUCGGGAAAAACACUUGCAGAUAUCUUACCAGAGGAUAUGUACAAAAGACUCAAGGGUCAUUUGGAUUACGUCAAACUUAUGAUUCCAAGUUGGAUGCAAGAUGAACACAGAGGACUCUAUUCAGAAUACCUCUUCAAAGCCAUUACAGGCAACUGGGAGAAAAAAAGGCCCGUGUGGGUAAUGCUAAUGAUCAACUCCUUGACCGAGAGCGACAUCCGGUCAACGGGCAUUCCGGUGCUGGACUUGUGGCUGGCCAGAGAAGCCACUCGCCUCGGCAAGAGAGCAGGGGCAGUGGAAAGGGUGGAGGAGCAGUGCUUGCCUCUUAACGGGCUCAAUGGAACUCAGGUAUUGUUCGCUCUUAACCAAACUCUGGCCCGAUUAGAAGAGCUCCGAAGUGGUCGACCGUCCCCCUUCUACGGCACAGAAGAUUUGGUGCGGCACUACAAUUGUCGAAAUCUCAGUUCUGCCUCUUUUGCCAAUCCAGAUGUCCUGUCAGACAGCGGGGAUGCAUCAGACGAGCUUUUGUCCAAAAACAUUAACCAGUAUUUCCGCCAAGAGCUGAUCGAAAAGAGGAAUGCUCGCAUGGCUCACAGAGUUCUUCAGCUUCUGCAGCAAUACCCAGACGAGAGCUUCUUUUUUGCCUUUGGAACAGGCCAUUUUUUGGGCAAUGGCAGCGUGCUGGAUUACAUCCGAGACGGAGGUUACGAGGUGGAGCAGGUGUCCCUGGAUGCCAAGAUCAGGAACUUCCGCAAACCUCAUCAUCAUUCUCGCCACAGAGGAAGCCACCAACCUUUUGUUCCAAAUCAUGGGGCGCCCCAGCCCUGGGAGAAUAGGGAUCGACGACGUUACAGAAAACGGGGCCACCAUCACCACCACGGGGUACAGUUGCUUAGAAGUGUAUCCACCCCUACACCCUCCAGGGGCAGACAGCACCAACCCCGGCAAUUCAAUGACCUCUGGGUCAAACUGGACAAUCAAGACAAGUCUUCCAUGAAAAAUUUCGACAGUAUUUCGGACACCAUUCUAAAGAAUUCUAGAAAAAAAUUCCCCACCUGGCCUGAAAGCAACUCCAGAAAUAAGGCUUACACACCGAUCAUGGACAAACUGAUAUGGAUCAUUUGCCUUACGUGUGUUUGGAGUCAGCGAUACAUACAAAGACUGGAAGUUUCGAUUUGAAAUAUGUACAAAAGACUUUGAAUGUGAAUUAUUUAUUUCUGUACAACUUUAACGUUGUUAUCUUUUGCGUAAAUGAUUUUGGUAUGCCUGACUUAUGAAAGAAAAAGCUUAAACCCGGCUAUCUGACUAUCAAUAUGCAUUUAAAAUGCUUAAACCACUGAUUUGCAAGAAAAGCACGUUUUUGUACAGUAAUGUUGUAUAUGGAUUUUUCGUCAUAAGCAUUGCAGAAUUUUGUUAACAAAUAUCUUACUUUUGUGAACAUAAGAAAUGAUAAAAUGUUUUAAAUGCCUGCAUUUAACCUUUUACAUCCUGAUGGUCAUGCUGAUAUUUUCGUAAUAUGACUAUUUUAUCUAACAAAAUUCAAAAGAAUAUGAAGUGUGUUUUUGCGAUAGCAAGCAAUCGACAUCUGCUUAAGACUGAAAUUAAAAAUAUUUGGUUAUUGAUUGCAUUAAUUAAAUUAUUUUAAUUCAUAAUUUCGUCACAAUUUGUUAACAAAUAUCGUACUUUUGUGACCAUAAGAAAGGAUAAAACGUUUUAAAUGCCUGCAUUUAACCUUUUAUAUUCUGAUGAUCAUGCUGAUAUUUUCGUAAUACGACUAUUUUAUCUGACAAAAUUCAAAAUAAUAGGAAGUGUGUUGUGCCAAUAGCAGCAAUCGACAUCUGCUUAAGACCGAAAUUAAAAAUAUUUGGCUAUUGAUUGCAUUAAUUAAAUUAUUUUAAUUCAUAAUUUCGUCACAAUUUUGUUAACAAAUGUCGUACUUUUGUGACCAUAAGAUAUAAUAAAACAUCAUAAUGCGAGCAUUUAACCUUUUAUAGCCCGACGGUCAUGAUAAUGCUUCGUAAUAUGAUUAUUUUUUUCUGACCAAAUUCGUAAGAACAUGAAGAGUAUUGUUCAGUUAGCAAGCGAUGUUUAUCAAUUAAUGACCAAAAUUUAAAAUAUUUGAUUAUUGAUUACAUUAAUUAAAUUAUUUUAAUUUCUUAAAUUUUGUGCUCUUUCCUAUGUUUAUUCUGCACUAAAACUUAUCUGAUGGAGAAAAAUGAAAUUGAAAGAUUGAUGAUAAAAUAAUUCGGUAAAUAGAGAGUUAAUACACGGAUUUAAAAUAAUUUUAUUUGUUUGGAACAUGAAUACAAAAACGUAUUAGUAUAAUUUUUUUUAAAAAAAUUAUAUUUAUAUGUUUGUAAAAGAUUUCUUUUCUAAAUAUAAUAAUUUAUGAAAAUAUAUUUAUUAUAAUUUUGAUAUACUAGUGAUUAGUUUAUAUAUAUUUUUUUCUUUUUUGUUAAUGUAUGUAAGAAACUGAAACCUUAUAUGGAUAAGUUAAAGUUACUGAAGCUUAAAUUUCAUUUCUUUUUUUCUUCUUCUAGAUAUUAACAAAAUCUAAAAAGUAUGAUAAAUUUGUGGACAAAUAUGUGGUAAUAUUAUCAUUUAAGGAAAUGAGCUUUCUUGAUCCAGAUUUAGCACAGUGUUGAAUUCAAUUGAAUUUAUACAAUUAAUUUUUUUUUUUUUUUGGAAAAAGUGAUAAAAUAACUAACAUCACUGUAGCUUUAACCUAUCUAUAUCAAAAUCAAUGUAAGGGUUAUGAUUCAACCAAAGAAAGCUGUAUUGCUCUUCGAAAUUAACCCUUCUUUGUAUGAUGAUGGGAAUUUCCAUCAUAACAUUUGUACUCAAUUAAUAAUAAUUGUACUCAAAACAAGUGCACUUGUAAAUUGUUUGUUGCUGGCAAUUUUUUCACCACGGUUGCGUAAUAAGGAACGUAGUUGUAAAAAAAAAAAAAAAAAAAAAAAAAAUCAGAAG